CGAGCUAUAACCUGAAUUGAAUCCAGCUCUCUGUGUCAACUGACUCUUUCUAGCGCUGUGUAUGAAAUGCCAUCUGGAAUCUGAAGCCUUUAGCGGGGGAGUAUGUUGUUCCUCAAGACAGUCCCUUUAACUGGGCUAUACCGCAUAACAGAUGAAUAAAUACUCUGGCCUGUGCUACCACUUCUGAAGAAGAGCAAGACUGGUCGCGUUCCAGACAUCACACACCAGACAUCUGAAAAAUAGUCACGUGCCACCACCUAGUUGGUGUGGAGCCCUGUGGACACCAUGUCACAUACAAGCAUGGAUCCAACCAAGAUGGGCAUCGGCCGGUCUAUAGCCGUGCUGACGUCUGGUGGUGAUGCCCAAGGUAUGAACGCGGCCGUGAGGGCCACAGUCAGAGUUGGUAUCUACACCGGAGCCAAGGUCUACUUUGUUCAUGAGGGUUACCAGGGUCUGGUGGAUGGAGGAGACAACAUCAAACUGGCCACCUGGGAGAGUGUGUCCAUGAUGCUGCAACUGGGUGGCACGGUCAUCGGCAGUGCCCGCUGCAUGGACUUCAGAGCCAGGGAGGGCCGCAUGAAGGCUGCCCUGAACCUGGUCAAGCUGGGCAUCACCAACCUGUGUGUGAUUGGGGGUGACGGUAGCUUGACCGGAGCUAACCAGUUCAGGAAGGAGUGGGCCACUCUGCUGGUCGACCUGGUCAAAGCCGGUAAAAUUACAGAUGACGAGGCCCGUAAAUCGUCCCACCUGAACAUCGUAGGCAUGGUGGGUUCUAUCGACAAUGACUUCUGUGGGACAGACAUGACCAUCGGGACUGACUCUGCUCUGCACCGCAUCAUAGAGGUGGUGGAUGCCAUCACCACUACCGCACAGAGUCACCAGAGGACCUUCAUCCUGGAGGUGAUGGGUAGACACUGUGGCUACCUGGCCCUGGUGACUGCUCUAGCCUGCGGUGCUGACUGGGUGUUCAUCCCAGAGAUGCCCCCAGAUGAGGGAUGGGAGGGGCAUCUGUGCAGAAGACUGGCUGAUCAAAGAGCCAGAGGAUCUCGUCUGAAUGUGAUUAUUGUGGCUGAGGGUGCUAUGGACAGAGACGGAAACCCCAUUAGCUCUGAAGACAUCAAGAAGCUGGUGGAGAAGAAUUUGGGCUUUGACACCCGUACCACUGUCCUGGGACACGUGCAGAGAGGCGGCACUCCCUCAGCCUUCGACAGAAUCCUGGGCAGCAGGAUGGGUGUGGAGGCUGUGAUGGCCCUGUUGGAGGCCACUCCAGAGACCCCGGCCUGUGUGGUCAGUCUGUCCGGUAACCAGGCCGUCAGGCUGCCCCUCAUGGAGUGUGUCCAAGUGACUAAGGAUGUGACCACUGCCAUGGCUGAGAAGAGAUGGGAGGAUGCAAUCAAGCUCAGAGGAAAGAGCUUUGAAAACAACUGGAACACAUACAAGAUGCUGGCCCACAUCAACCCUCCAGAUACCAAGAGCAACAUUAACGUGGCUAUAGUAAACAUUGGUGCUCCAUGUGCUGGUAUGAACGCUGCCGUGCGUUCUGCAGUGAGGAUCGGCAUCAUUCAGGGACACAACAUGUUGGCCGUUCAUGACGGGUUCGAGGGUCUCGCUCAAGGAAAGAUCGAGCCUAUCACCUGGACUGGAGUGUCAGGCUGGACUGGAAAGGGGGGCUCUGAGUUGGGCACCAAGAGAGUCCUUCCUUCUGAGUACAUUGAGGAAAUCAGCUUGACUAUCGCUAAAUUCAAUAUCCACUCUCUGGUGAUUAUUGGAGGGUUCGAGGCGUAUAUGGGUGGUCUGGAGCUGGUGCAGGGCAGAGAUAAGUAUGAAGAGCUGUGCAUUCCCAUGGUGGUCAUCCCCGCCACUGUCUCCAACAACGUCCCCGGCUCAGACUUCAGUAUCGGCGCUGACACAGCCCUCAACACCAUCACCUCGACCUGUGACAGGAUCAAGCAGUCAGCAGCAGGCACCAAGCGUCGUGUGUUCAUCAUUGAGACCGCAGGAGGGUACUGUGGUUACCUGGCUACCAUGGCAGGUCUGGCUGCUGGGGCUGAUGCCGCAUACAUCUAUGAGGACAAAUUUGGUAUUAGAGACCUGGAGAUGAAUGUAGAGCAUCUCGUGCAGAAGAUGAAGACAGACGUGAAGAGAGGUUUGAUUCUCAGGAAUGAGAACUGCAAUGCCAACUACACCACAGACUUUAUCUUCGCCCUCUACUCUGAGGAGGGCAAGGGCAUCUUUGACUGCCGCAAGAACGUCCUGGGACACAUGCAACAGGGAGGCACCCCAACACCUUUCGACAGGAACUUUGGCACCAAGAUGGGUUCCAAGGCUGUUUUGUGGAUAACAGAGAAACUCAAGGAGGUCUAUAGACACGGUCGUAUCUUCGCUAACACCCCUGACUCUGCCUGUGUGCUGGGCAUGAAGAAGAGAGCACUGACUUUCCAGCCUCUUGCUGAGCUGAAGGAACAGACAGACUUUGUGCACCGCAUCCCCAAAACAUCGUGGUGGCUGAAACUGAGGCCAAUCAUGAAGAUCCUUGCUAAAUACAACAUCAGCCUGGACACAUCUGAGCAUGCCCACAUGGAACAUGUUAUCAAGAAGAGGGUGUCGAUGCACUGAUGAAGAAGGCAUCUCCUCCCACGAAACACGAGGAGGAAGAGUAAUUGUUCUAAGUUACAUGUAUGUCAGUGGAGGGCUGGUGGGAGGAGCUAUAGGAGGAUGGGCUCAUUGUAAUGACAGCAAUGGAAUUAAUGAAACAGUAUCAAACGCAAAUAUAUUGAAACCACAUGUUUGACUCCAUUCCAGCCACUACAAUGAGCAGUCCACCUAUAGCUACUCAAACCAGUCGCCUCUGAUGUAUGUCUAUAUCAGGGUUCUCCAACAGGUCAAUUGGAGCAGCCCACCAAAUAGUAAUGAAAAAUACAUGCACUUCCCAAAUUGUUUAAAGUCAGUCUUGUGUGUUCAUUUCAUCACUGUUUUGAUUGUGACUGCCCCGUUGCGCUCUUUUUGCGAGAAGUGUGGGGGGACUCGUCUUGAUGAAUCAAUGUCAGAUGUUUGUUUUCACCGAAUCUCCGUUUGGAUAUUUGGUAAUAAUUAGACUGGGAAAAUGUUAGCUAAAUUGAGGUGAGUGCUCGUGAUCAUCUUUAUUCUAGUUUGCUCAUAUUCGCUGAUUAGAACAUUUUGCUAGUAUGUUAUGUAGCCUAACAAGUGUAUUUUGCUCUUCACUCGGCAGUAGCCUGUCUUACACCCGACCUAAUGCCUGUGACUUGACUGAUAAAUCAAUAUGGUUUUGUUUCACUGAA